UAUCUGAUAAACUAUAGUACAAUGUAAUCUCUAUAGAUACUUGUUCAUUUUGGUGGAGAAUGGAACAGGGAAAUGGGAAGGUAUUUGCAAGAGAUAACGAAUAUUAGUUUGAAGUAUAAACUACAGGAAGUAUACCGAUAAUGGCAAAAUAUAUUCGAAAGGUAUUCAAAAAGAAGAAAUCAAAGAAAAAACCCGAGGACAUACCAGUUGCAAGUGAAGUGUCAGACGACUACGAAGAAUUACACUUGUACGAGGCAGAAGAAGAAAGUCGAUACGAUCAUGUAGAAUUCAACCAAAAUGCAGCUUCUGUGACACCUGAGGAGGAUCAACCAAAUGAAUCAUCUAUUGAUUUAAACUAUUUACUUGUCGCAGCAAUAGACUUGGGCACAGCUGCAUCGGGAUAUGCAUUCUCCUUCCGAAAUGAUUUUAAAGCCAACCCAUUAAAAAUUUCGACUCACAUAUGGACUGCUGCAACUACAGUUCUAAGAUCGGCAAAGACUCCAACAUGUAUACUCUUCAACCCAGAAGGCCACUUUGAAGCUUUUGGAUACGAAGCUCAGAACGAGUUUUCUUCAUUGAUUACAGACGAGGAAAAUGUUGAGGAGUGGUACUAUUUUGAGAAUUUUAAGAUGUCACUUUAUGAAUGCAAGGAUUUAACCUUCCAUACCGAAAUUAAAGCCACAAAUGGCAAACCACUACCAGCUAUCACUGUAUUUUCCGAGUCAAUAAAAUACCUUAAGAAUCAUCUAACAAAUAGAUGUUUGAACAUGACAUGUGGUCUAAAAGAUGAAGAUAUUUUGUGGACGUUGACUGUACCUGCUAUAUGGAAUGACAAAGCUAAAUUGUUCAUGCGAAGGGCUGCCGAAAUGGCAGGUAUCCCCAGAUCACAACUUCUUCUAGCUUUAGAACCUGAAGCUGGUGCUAUAUUUUGUAAACAUAUACCUGUAGAAGUGAGAAGAUUUGAUGACAAAGAUGAAGUAGAGGGUUUCCGAAAUGGUUCUCGGUACAUGGUCAUAGAUGCUGGAGGUGGAACCGUCGAUAUAACAAUUCAUGAAGUAGUUGAUGAACAAAAUAUUCGAGAAAUAUAUGCUGCCAAUGGCGGACCAUGGGGUGGAAAUAACAUCAACAAAGCAUUUAUCGAUUUUCUCAAGGAACUAUUUGGAAUGGAGACUUUUGAGGAGUUUCAGCGCAAAUGUGUUGAUGACUGCAUUGAUAUUAUUAGGGAAUUCGAGACCAAAAAACAGACAAUGAAAAUAGAUGAUUCUAAUGCGAUAAUUAGAGUUCCUAUUGGCCUUACCGAAAUCUUUAAGAUGCACAAUAAGGACAAAUAUAGCGAUGUCUCUUCGCGUAUUCAGUCAUUAGAACAAUAUAAUAAUCAAGUGGAAAUAAAAAAGGAUAAACUUAUUCUAAAAGGAGACCUAUUCUUUAAAUUCUUCAUUCCGACAGUUGAUAAAAUAGUUCGUCACGUUGAUGGUCUUUUUAAAGAGAAUGAAAACAUAGACUCCAUACUUUUGAUUGGUGGUUUUGCAGAUUCUGAUUAUUUACAGAAUAGAAUCAAAGCACAUUUUAAAUCAAUACGUAUUAUAAUUCCAGAUGAUGCAUCACUUAGUGUUCUUAAAGGGGCUGUUAUAUUUGGACAUGACAGUAGAAUUGUCUCAAGUCGAGUAUUAAAAUGUUCUUAUGGUAUCGAGUGUUCUUAUGAUUUCAUUGAAGGAGUUCACGAUAAAUCGAAGCAAUACACUAACCCAUUAGGUAUUGUUAAGUGUCGCCAUGUCUUUGGUAUAAUAGCUAAAAUGGGCCAAUCAGUAGAACGAAGCUGUGCAUCUAAAGAGCGAUAUCUCCUUGUGGAUGAACCACACAUUGAAAAGGCCGAAAUUGCAAUAUAUGUGUCAACAAUAUAUGAGAACCCAAAAUAUAUAACGGACGAAGGCUGUAGGAAAAUUGGAUAUUUUGUAACUCGAUUAAAAGGAGAUACGGAUAGCGUUCGGCGAAAACUUUACUUUAGUCUAAAAUUUGGAGAAACCGAAGUAAAAGUUUUGUGUCGACAAGACGGUUCUACGGAAACUAGCGAAAAACUGCUGGACCUUCUAGGGGAAGACGAACACACAGUUGGUUCUACAAAGACAUGAAAUACAUUUAAUUGCUAAAAUGUAAGGAAGAAAAUAAUGGGGUUGAUAUUAAAAAAACAACAAUAUAUCAAUUGUACGCUUAAAUUGUAAUAACCUGAAAAGUAUUUACGAAUCAUUAUUCAUCAUAUGAUUUGUCAUUUUACAAUUUAGUUGAUGAACAUUUUCAGGUAGAGAUAUAAAUGUAAUACGGUUAAGAAUAGAUAAACAUACAACUUAAUUCUUAUUUCAUUUUAAAUAUUUAUUCUAGCAACAGUGCAAAAUUUGUUAUUUGUCAGAAACAUUGUCAAAUGGUAUACAUUUAUUAAGCUGUUCAAUAGACUGGGACUAGGUAUUUCGGGGUAUUGUCUCAUUGUA